GUCUCCAGCUGUCCAGUAGGCUUGGGCUGUGGCACCAGCAUCCCUCUCUCCCUUUUCCAUCCACAGGCCACGCCUGAGACUGUGACAGCUAGUAUCUUGUGCAGUCAUGUUUCCUUCACCCAGCACCCCUGCUAUGGGGCUGUCCAUGCUACGCGACUGGUGCAGGUGGAUGGGCGUGAAUGCGCAGCGCUGCCUGCUCAUCAUGGGCAUCCCUGAUGACUGUGAGGAAGAUGAGUUUCAAGAGAGAGUGCAGGCUGCGCUGAGACCCCUGGGCAGAUACCGAGAGCUGGAUCCUGAGGAAGAGUCCUUCGAGAGCUGGCUGAACCAUGCCAACGACAUGCUGUACUUGUGGCGCCAUGUAGCAGAGAGGGAGAGGCGGAGGAGGCUGGUGGAGUGCUUGGAUGGCCCUGCCCUGGAUGUCAUUUGUGAGCUCCUGAAAGCGCACCCGGAAAUCCCUGCACAGGAUUGCCUGGCGGCACUGGUGCAGGUGUUUGGAAAUAAGGACAUCCGGGUAGCUGCACGGCUGAAGUUCCUCAUCUGCUCACAGUGGCCUGAAGAGACUCUCAUAGCCUACGUGACGCGCCUGGAAGGUCUCCUGCAGGCGGCCGUGGAGAAGGGGGCCAUCCACCCUGCCACCGCAGACCAGAUGCGUGCCCGGCAGGUGCUGAUGCGGGCCAGGCCGAACUGGACUCUCCAGAAAAGGCUGAGAAGGAUGCGCCUGGAGAGGCGCCCCCCUGGCUUCCAGGCUCUGCUCCAGCUGGUGCGUGAGACCGAGGCCUGGGAGGCUGCCUUCGCCAAGAGCAAGCCUUUGGGAGAUGGGGCUGCCGAGGCCGGGCCUUCGUACAGAGAUGCUGCUGGGCCUGCCCCUGUCCUGGAAGAAGCUUCGCAGGUCUCCCCUGCCCAGGAAGAGGCCAGGGGCAAGGCGGCUUCUGAUCCUGAGUGUGCUGCUGAGGCAGCUUCUGAUACCGAUGAUGCCCCAAAGGCAACCACUCAGAAAGAGGAAGGUGCUCUUGGUCUUGCAGGCCUAGGCCAGGCAGGGCCCUUUGAUGCCCUUGGGGUUUCCACUUCAGCCCCGAUGAGCACUGCUUUUGGGUCAGGCCAAGGAGGAUCUGGCUGUGGGCCAGAGAGCCUCGCCCAGGCAGGAGAGGUGGAGGCCGAGGAGCCUAUGCUGGGGGCACCCAAGGGUGUCCUGGAGGAGUUGGAAGAGGAAGAGGGAGCUGGGGAGACCAGCCAUCCCAAGUCUUCCCCAAGAGAAUAGCUCCUCCACUCAGGUGGCAGGGCCCUGGGCUCAGAGGGAGGCAAGGCCAGGGCCAUUACAUUAUCCUGCACCUGGAGCAGGUCCCAGAGAGAGGCUUGACCAGCCUCAACCAAACUCCCACAUCUUUCCUCUUCCAAGUGACCCAAGUGAUCAUGGGUACACUAGGGAGAAGAGGCCAUCUCACGUGUGCCAGUUGCCUGGCUCUCUCACUGGUGCGAGUGCCCCAUUACUCCUCCAUUUAUUGUUCCUGUCCCUGGCAUAAAUUGCUUCCUGUCCGGGAAGCCCACUCAUGUUGGUAAGCCCUGUAGUGACCCAUGGUGCAGGUAAACGCUCACCCCAACCUGGCCGCUGUUCUUGGGCAAAGCUGUGAGGUGGGCAUCAACCCUGCACGGAGGAGAGGGCCUGGCCCUACCGGGGCACCCAGCCAUCCACCUGCAGGCCUGGGCAUGUGUGGUGAGCUUCCUUCUGAGCCUGCCGAGCCUCUGACCGCUCCUGUC